AUGGGGCUGGGCGUGUUGGACGACAAGCACCUUGAGCAUGUGCCGGGGACGGCGUUACUGGCCGAUAUGAUCGAUGCCCGGCAGCACCGCUAUCACGGCCGUGACACAUCUCGAUUGAAGCACGCCAAGGGCAGGAAUAGUGACAUCGUGCUGGUUCCUCAGCCAAGCGAAUCGCCUCGAGACCCCCUGAACUGGCCGACGUGGAAGAAAGAUCUGAUGCUUCUUAUCAUCAGCAUCGACACUGCAGUCGUGGCAGGUGCCUGGGGUCCGAUGAUUACACCAGGUUUCGCCGAGAUGGCCGUCCAAUUCGAUAUGUCGUACAACGACCUCAACGCCGGCCUUGGUUGGGCCAUCUUCGCGAUAGGAAUCUCCUGCUUUAUCACGAACGGUCUUUCCGUCAAGUUUGGCCGACGUCCGGUGAUCAUUGGAGGCAACCUCUUUCUGUUUGUUUCGAGCGUCUGGGCUUAUUUUGCCCACUCGUAUCAUUCGCUGCUUGCCAGCAGAAUCUUUGGUGCCAUCGGUAUGAGCCCAUUCGAGGUUCUUGUCACUGCUAUCAUUGGCGAUCUCUAUUUCGUCCAUGAGCGCGGACUUCGUCUGGCCUUUUGGGGCUUGUGUCUGAGUAUUGGGGUUGGAGGAGGAAGCUGUAUAUCCGGCUAUAUCAUUGAGGACCUUGGCUGGAACUGGACGUACGGCAUUUGCGCAUGCUUUUACGGAGCAUUCAUCAUCCUCAUAUUCUUCUUCUGUCCUGAAACGGUAUACAAGCGAGACCCGGCGUACAACAUCGACCUUGGCACGACCGAUCACACCGAGGAAAUCCUGGACGCCAAAGGUGCUUCCAUCGAGGAGAACGAGGAUGUCGAGAAGGUCGAAUCCCACACUUCCGUCCGCCAAGUUCCGAUUUAUACCGGUGCAGAUGAGAAGCCUUACACCUGGUUCGAGCAGCUACUGCCAGUCCGUGGCAUUGAGUCAGAUGAGAAUCUGCUGUACAUCAUCUUCCGGCCUUUCGGAAUGCUGCUGUUCCCACAGGUGUUGUAUGGGUUUAUUACAUACGGCUUGUCGACAUCCUGGCUUGUGGUGAUGAUCAGCGUUCUCGCACAGCUUUUCACCGUUCCGCCAUACAACUUCAGUGUCUCACAAGUUGGACUCAUCAGUAUUGCACCAUUGGUAGCCUCAUUGCUUGGCUUUGCGGCCGGUCCGCUCAACGACUGGACGGUGAAGAAGCUGGCCCGAUGGAACAACGGCAUUUACGAGCCCGAGUUUCGACUGUCUCUAAAUGUCUUGACGUUCGUCCUAGGUGUAGUUGGAUUCUUUGGCUUCGGUGGAUGCCUUGAGAAUGAGACUGCUUGGCCUGGGCCAGUCAUCCUGUACGGGCUGAUCUACUUCGCGAUGGCGUUUCUCAACAUCGGUAUAUACGGCUACAUCACCGAAUGCCAUCGAAACAAGGCACCAGAAGCCUUUGCUGCGCUCAACUUGCGCAACAUCUACUCCUUCGGAAUGAACUACUUCAUCUCCUCCUGGAUUACCAAGCAAGGACCGCUGCAGGUAUUCAGCACAAUUGGUGGUCUACAUAUCUUCAUCUGUCUCCUGACCAUUCCGAUGUGGAUUUUCGGCAAGCGAUGCCGCAGUGCGACUGCUCGAUGGACCAUCUUCAAAAAGAUCCAGGACACGUAG